UAGCAAACGAAACUGAUAUGACAAUGAUAUAGAUAUACCAUUGUCAUAUCAGUUUCGUUUCGUGGACGAUAUUUAUUUUUAUAUGACGAAGUUUUCUUUUUUUAUAUGUCCAGAAAAGAUGGACCGGAUAUCUUGUCCGGUUUUUUAUUGGAAGACGGACCGGCUAAGUUUAUUAUGGCUGUAUAAUAUUACUUUCAUUACCUUCACUGAAAUGACAGUUUUCAAGAAAAAUAUAACCUCAAAUCAAAUCAAAUUAUUGACAAAUAAAAUAAUGUACAUAACACCUAUACAUACAGAAAAAGUUAAAUUUUUGUGCUAAAAAUAAGUCUGUUUUGUUUUGUAAAAAAUAUAAUAAAAUAUUGCAACUAAUUUAAAAACUGGCUGAUGAAAUGGCGUCCUCUUUGUUAUACUCCCGAUUAUCGGAUGAAAUAAUAAAAAAUAAGGAUAUUUUCGACCAAACGAAAAAUGUUGUUGCAGAUAUUAUUUCACGUCAUGUUACUUUAACACAUAUUGUUGAAAACAUGUCUGGAGUCUUAACAAAUAAGGAGCCAGAGAACAGAGAGAAAGGGAUGAAAUUUUUCACUGCAUUACUCAAAGAUCUGCCAAAAGAUUAUCUUACAGAAAUAGAAGUAAAAUUUAUUGCUAGUUUUUACAUAGACAGGCUGAAGGACAAUCAUAGAGUGAUACCACCAGUUCUUGAAGGGUAUUUAAUUAUUAUGAAUAUGAAGAACUAUAAAAUGGACAUUAGCGGAGAGUUCUUGACUGAUCUUUUUAGAGAGGUAUCGUGUCAGGCGCAGUUACGCACAGACAGACAUAAUAUUUACCUUAUUUUAAGGAAACUGAUUGAAAAAGAUGUUAAUUAUAUGAAGUCUCUAGGCCCAGAUUUUGUCUAUGGUGUUAUAGCAGCAAUAGAUGGAGAAAGAGAUCCACGGAACCUGCUCUAUGUUUUCGAAUUCCUACCAUACUUCUUGACAAAUAUUCCUAUUGGUCAUUUAACUGAGGAAAUGUUUGAUGUGAUAUCCUGUUAUUUUCCUAUUGACUUUCAACCUUCCCCCGAUGACCCAUCUAUGGUGUCCCGGGAGGAUUUGGCCUCGGCAUUGUGUCCAUGCUUGUGCGCAAUACCAGAGUUUGCAGAGAACUGUUUGGUGUUAUUAAUUGAAAAGUUGGAUUCUACUUUGCGGUUGGCGAAAGUGGAUUCAUUAAGGCUUCUUGCUCAAAGCUGUAAAACUUUCAAACCUGAAAGUUAUGUGCCUUUUAUUAAGACUUUAUGGUCAUAUAUACAAAGAGAGAUAACACACAGAACAGACGAGGAAUUGAGAAUGGCUGCGCACGAGGCAUUGUCUGCUCUUGUCCAGAAUUUGUCAACCUCAGCUAACACUGAUCAGACAUUUGAAAACUUCAUCAAGGGUAUACUAAUAUCCAUGCAAACUGCUUUAGCAGAUUCAAAAACUGUAGCCCAAUUUGUUAUAAAUUCAAAAGUAAUACUAACCGCAGCGAAUGCUUCAAAACCAUCGUGUGUCAUGAUAACAAAGUCCAUGAUACCAGCCACGAUAGCAUAUUACGGCUUCAAAACAUCUGCCAAAUUGCAAACGGCCAGUCUUGACCUCCUAUCGGACUUGUAUGAAAUAGGCAAACAUUGGGAAGUCCUGACUGAAAUAGACAAUGAAGUUAAAGAAAUACCAGCUUUGUGCCUAACUGCUGUUAGUGAAACAAGCAAAGAAUUUCAAAUGGCUGGCUUCAGAACUUUGGCCAAAGUUAUAAAUGUUUUAGACAGCGAUUUGGUAUUGCCAUUCGUCGAAGUCCUCACUCACAAUAUACAGCACAGUCAAGAAAGGGAUUUACUUAAAGUCAGCGUAGAAACAGUGCACUGCAUAGCUAGAAAAUAUCCAGAGUUGAUCAUGAAUUUGCUUGUAUUGGGCAAGUGCGAUUUGGAAAAUUUGACCGAAGAUACGACCGGUUUAGAGAAAAGGCUGAGUCUGCUAUCGAGCUUAGCGAGUAUCGAUGAUUUCACUAAAGUUAUUUUGGAAGAAAUGCUCAAGAUAAUAACGAAUAAUGACAAAGACGCCGGGAAGGUUGUUGAAGCAUUGAACGAGACUAUGUCCGACACGAAUUUGUAUACGGACGAGAAAUUGAUUCAAAUCGAAAGUGACCACGGGUUAAUAGAUUCAAUUUUAAGAUGGCUCUUGACUGAAAUACACAGGCCGCACGAAUCAUUAUCGCAUGGAUUUAAUUUGAUAUCAAAUACAAUAAGCAGUUUGUCGUGUGAGAAACAAUUGAAAAUGUUAUCGAAACACACUGGAAAUCUUUUAGAGAAAUUUAAAAAAGAUGAAGUUUAUUACCAUUUGUUACAAAGUAUGUAUCUCUCAUUGCAUCAAAGCGUCUAUGAGUCUAAAUUUGAGGACAUUAUGCUAGUUAGUUUGGACUUAUGUUUAAAUAGUGACAAAGAAGUGAUAAGAAUGAAGGCUUGUGUUUUGGUGGCUCAUUUAUUGAACAAAGCAGAGUCUGGACAGAAGUUUGAGCUAUUGUAUGAGAUGUUGAAGGAGUAUUUGACGAAAUGCAGCAAAGACAAACAAGAGUUGUGUCCACGUAUCAUUGUAUUGUACAGCUGGAUAGCUAAAGCCUUAAUAAUGAGGGGUCAUGACAUGUUUGUUUUUUGGCUUAAAAAGAUAGUGUCAACCCUAUCAUCGGCCGAGUACUGCCACCAGGGAUCCGAAGCCGUGCAGCUGAUCAUGACAGACUUCACAGAGUACCUCAGCACCAAGCAACACUGUCGGGUCAGUCUACUCUACAAGCAGAGAAUGUUCCAGAGCUUUUCGGCAUUGACCAAGAAAAUUAGUGUGAGUGAGGACGCGAAGGAAGACUACUUAUUGUGUUGGGCUUACGUACUGAAUGGGGUACCGAAGAGUUUGCUUAAAAAUGAAGUGGCCAAGAUCGCGCCCAUAGUCAUAGAAUCCUUGACGUACGACCAUAAAGAAAUGCUCGUGGUUAUGACGGAAACUUUGAGCUAUUUCGUUCAGUUGCAGUUUGCUUUGGUGUCUGACAGCAUGCAAACUGUGCUCCCGAGGCUGAUCAAUUUGACCAGAUACGCUCAAUCUAUGGACGUGAGAAUAAAAAGUUUACAAUGUCUAUACGAUUUUGCGAAUUCAUACCCAACCAUCCUACUACUGCCACACAAGCAAGACAUACUUAUCGACCUAGCGCCAUCUCUUGACGACAAGAAGCGACUUGUCCGCAAUAUGGCGGUCAAAGCUAGAACCAGGUGGUUUUUGAUCGGCGCCCCGGGAGAAGCCAAAGAGAAUUAAAAUUUGCUGCGAAUAAAAAUUUUGAAAGUGUAUCAUCAACUUAAUGAAAAAAAAAUAAAUGUUUUAGUUACAGCUUUGUACACACCAUUUCUAGCUACAGUGUAAAAACUUUCAGUUUUCUGUGAAGUAAAUCAGAUCUUUAUAAACUAGAAUAAGUAAUGCAGUGAUUUUUGGAGAUUUCCAUACAUAAUUUAAAUUAUUUUUUUUUUAUUGUUAAAAUGGUUUUUGCGUAGUUUAAUUGUCUUGAUAAAUCUAUAUAGGACUUCCGUAAAAACGAGGAGUAUCUAUAUAAGGUAACGGAUAACGGACCAUGAGACCAGUUUCUAUGAUGCGCCAGCUCAAUAACAUCAAUUUUCUAUUGCAAAUUGCACACUGCGCAGGCGAACAUACUUUCCUAUUUACAUCUUACCAUCGAGUAGAUUCGUAGUGAACUAAUCACAUUGCGGUGUGGUUGUCGUUACGUCACAAUGGCGCACUGUGAUUGGUUCACUGCAAAUGGACUAGAUGGUGAGAUGGAUUUCCAUCAAAUAGCAAAGCCGCGCUACGGACAUUGCUCUCCUCUUACGUGGCGCGAAUUGUACCUGAAUUCAAUGCAAACAGAUUCCCAAGUAAAUGUAAUUAGCAAAUGAAUAUAUAAAACAAUAUGAAAUGAUGGAAAUUUCAUUAACACAAUUGAAAAACUGUACCUACUUAAAUAUAUACACAAUGUAAUAUUAAGCUUUGUAACAGCAGAUACUGGUGUAAGUACUUAUGCCAAUGCCAGACGGUAAAUAAAUGUAUAAAAACUUGAUCUAUGAAAAUCCACAAUAAUGUAAAAUGUAUGUAAAGCACAAAAUAUUAUAUUAAAGUUAUGACCAAUAACUUGUUUUUAUAAAUAAAUCGUAUAUUAUUACAAGCA